GAGGCCCAGGGCACAUGAUGUCCCCCUCCCUCAGCCCGCCCGGCACAUGACCUAGGCCGGCCAGCGGGGUCCUGGCAGACCCGAGCCGCAUCCCGGAGCUGGCCCAUGGCCUCCCCGCGCUUGGGGACCUUCUGUUGUCCCACUCGGGACGCUGCCACGCAACUCGUGCUGAGCUUCCAGCCGCGGGCGUUCCAUGCGCUGUGCCUGGGCAGCGGCGCGCUCCGCCUGGUGCUCGGCCUCCUGCAGAUGCUGCCCCGGCGCCGACCCGCCGGUCCCGGGGCCCCUUCCACCUCUCCGCCUGCCUCGGCCCGCAUCCUGAGGGCCGCUGCUGCUUGCGACGGCCUCGGCUGCCUUGGGAUCAUCCUUCGGUCGGCAGUGUGGCUGGGAUUCCCAGAUUUCGUUGAAAACAUCUCUGAUGGGAAUGGAACAGACAUUUGGCCUGCUGCUUUCUGUGUUGGGAGCGCGAUGUGGAUCCAGCUGUUGUACAGUGCCUGUUUCUGGUGGCUCUUCUGCUAUGCGGUUGAUGCCUAUCUUGUGAUAAGGAGAUCGGCAGGACUGAGCACCAUCGUGUUGUACCACAUCAUGGCCUGGGGCCUGGCCCUCCUGCUCUGUGCAGAGGGAGCUGUCAUGCUGUACUACCCCUCUGUGUCCAGGUGUGAGAGAGGCCUUGACCAUGCCAUCCCACACUAUAUCACCACGUACCUGCCACUACUGCUCGUUCUGGUAGCUAACCCUGUCUUGUUCCAAAAGACAGUGACAGCAGUGGCCUCUUUACUGAAAGGAAGACAGGGCAUUUACACAGAGAACGAGAGGCGAAUGGGAGCUGUGAUCAAGAUCCGGUUUUUCAAAAUAAUGCUGGUUUUAAUCGCUUGUUGGCUGUCCAAUAUAAUCAAUGAAAGCCUUUUAUUCUACCUUGAAAUGCAACCAGAUAUCAAUGCAGGCUCUUUGAAACGUGUCAGAGAUGCAGCCAAGACCACGUGGUUCAUUAUGGGGAUACUGAAUCCCGCCCAGGGCUUCCUCUUGUCUCUGGCCUUCUAUGGCUGGACAGGAUGCCGCAUGGGUCUCCAGUCUCCCAAGAUGGUGAUCCAGUGGGAAUCCAUGACGACUUCAGCAGCCGAGGUGGUGGGCUCUUGCGUGCGUCCUGAAAACCUCACUUGCAGGAAGGUGGCUCCAGUUGGGGGACACACUUCUGAUGAGGCCCUCAGCAUGCUGUCAGAAGGUUCUGAUGCCAGCACCAUUGAAAUCCGUACUGCAAGUGGGUCCCGCAAGGAAAAUGACGUUGACAUGGCUCACCCAACUCAAGGACACCUGUGAAGGGAUGUGACUUGGGUCUGGACUCUGUGGUCCUGAGGCGGUACUCAUCCCGGGUUCUCUAGAAGUGCGUCCUUGCUGUCCUCUGACUGCAUGCUCAAAGCACGGCAUCUCUGAAGUCCCACUCUUAUUACUGUGUUAGAGCUUCCUCCUGAGAAUCCUCUUCAUGCCAGGAGACGCCAUUCCACAUGGACGGGCUUGGGAAUGGAAGGAUCCCUUCUAGACCACUCUGCCUAGUUGGCAUUAGCAGUUCUGAGGCUGGCUGUAAUGUGAAGUGCAAGAUCCGUGUCUUUGGGGAAGUAGUUACAUAAAAUAAAGUAAUUGUGACUGA